AUGGGGAGGGCGAGCUGGAGCCCGGAGCCCCGAGUCCCGCGGGCCGGCAGGGCCCUCCCCGCACCCCGGCCUCGGCCUCACGCUGCGGGGGAGAGCGGCUCCAGGGGUGCUGGCGAGCGGGGAGGGGCCCGUCAGACUCGGGGCAGAGGCUCGGCGCCGCUUCCGGACGGGCGGCGCGGCGGGAUGGCAGCCGGGUCGCAGGCCUGUGCGGACGGCGGCCGCGGCCCGGCUCCGCGCCGGGCCUCCCGCGAGCAAGGAGUGGCGGAUCCCAGGCCUCGCCGCCUGGCCGGGCCCGGCCCUGCCUCCCGGAGCCCCUCCCUCCCCGCCUCCCCGCCGCGUCCCGCCCCUGCACGGCCCCGCGCAGCCUCGGGGUCCCUCGCGCCCUCCCCCGGCCCGCCGCCCGCCCCUCACCUGCCCGCCGCCCGCCGCUCCCGCCGCCGAGCUUCCGCCCCGCGCGCUCCGCCGGGUCCUGGCGCCGCCGCUCGGCCUCUUGGGGCGCUCGGCUCGCUGGCGGAGCUCUGCGCAGCCAGUGGCGGGCCCCCGCGCAGAACAGGCCGCCCGCGCCCCCCGCCGCACCCUUUGCGCGUGCUGCGGGGCGCCAGGCCGCCGGGAGCCCUCACUCUUCCCGACGCCCCGUCACCUCCCCGCCUUCCGCUCAGACCCGGCCGCGCGCUGCCCGCCCCCUUCGUCCGUCCGCCCCUCAGCGCCGCCCCCGCGCCUGACCCCGACCCGGGAGCGGUCCCGGCUCCGCCCUCCCUCUGCCUGCGUAAGCCCGGCGGUCCCGGCUCGGCCUCUGGGGCGCACAGACGGACAGAAGGCUCCCCUGAAUCCAGUGCCCAGCCAGGCUUCGGGCUGCAUCGGCUCGCGGUAGCGAGAACUCUGCCAAGUCGCUAUAGCCGGAAUCCCUCGGCCUCAACGUCAGAUCACCCUCCGUAUUCGACCGCGCGCCUCAUCCCCCACGAUCCCCCGCGGCUGGCCCUUCGCCCCGGCUGCCCUCAGCAAGAAUCCUGUUGGUCGGCCGAGCAAAGAAUUACCUACCCUCUUAGGGAUUUUCCAUCCGUCCCCCUCGGGGGGACCUUGGCUCGAAGUCCCCCCUCGGCCAUGCUGUGUUUGCAAGGGAUCCUGCUUCUGUACCGAGGUCUCUUUCCCCCUCUGUAGCAAAGUCCUAAAUAAAAUCUCUUCUUACUGCUA